UAAUAUAGUUUCAUCAUGUUGGAUGAGUAGCUCUCAUGUUCAUGGUGGAUUUUAGUGCAACUGGGAUUUUUUUAAAACUUUGAUCUUGAGCUUGGAUUUGGUGUUUAUUUAUUUAUAAUUAUUUUAUUUUAUUUUUAAUUUUAUUCAUUUGAGGCAUCUAGGGUGGUGUCAAAUCGGUCUUUUUCUUCUCAAAGUAUGCUGCUUUGACUUUGAAACACUAGUUUGGUGGGGUGUUUUCUCAUUUUCCGUGAGUUGGGCUUGUGGGUUCACGCGGAUGUGCUAAAGUUUGCACUUUUUUUUUUUUGACACAUGCCGGUGAUUUUUAACUCACCCGAGUAGCUGCAACUUAAGGGUUCUUGGUUCUGCUACAGUUUGUGAUUUUGUUUUUCUUUCUGUGCACUGUGUUCUUGUGAUUGGGAUUCAUUUUAUGCUUUUUAAGGUUGCAAUUGCAAUUGUUCUGCGUGUGCUAGUUCUGAGAAUAUCUUCGUUGUUGAUUUUAACUUUACUGAAGCACCUAUUUUGUUCUUAAAUUUGUUGUUAGGGUUUUUUUUUGUUUUGUUGAAUUGCCGGGGAAUUGAUGAUGUGGUGGUGAAAAUGAUGUAUGGGGAGUAGAACCAGUGUUGUUGGUGUUGAAGAUGACAAGGGAGCUGAAAGAGGGAUGCCCAGCUUCAAUUCUGAGUUGCCCAUUUCCAAUCCAUGGUGAAUUUCCUCUUUGCAAUUGUUCUUGGUUUAGAAUUUGAAUAGCAAUGCAGAGGGGAGCACAAUUGAUUCCUUUCGUGUUUCUGACUUUGGAGCAUUUGAUCAGUCAUAUCGCGUAGAGGAUGCUGUUGACCUGAGUGGAAACUCAACUUACAACUCACUAAAAGUUAGUAACCAAACAAUUUCUCCAGUUUCUGUUCACAUUAGUAACCUUGGUCAGUUGCCAACUUCACUUGAAAAAAGCCAGUUAACAAUUCAAACAGAGCCGCAUAGGUUGCAAUUACAGAAGGUUCAGUCAUCAAAUCCUGGCACCAUAUUAGUUGUUAAUACAGAUAAUCAAGAGGAGUCUGCCAUGGCUGAUGCCAGUCCUAGGACUGAUAUUUCUACAGAUCUUGACACUGAUGACAAGAAUCAGCCGUAUGAUAGAAAUCUAUCUGUUGUUGCUGUUUCUGAUUCUAGUGACAGAUCAAAAGAUAAAUCAGAUCAGAAGACUCUCCGCAGGCUUGCUCAGAACCGUGAAGCUGCAAGAAAAAGCCGUUUGAGAAAGAAAGCCUAUGUCCAACAGUUGGAAAGUAGUCGUUUGAAGCUGACCCAACUAGAGCAAGAGCUUCAGCGUGCUAGGCAGCAGGGGAUCUUCAUAUCAAGCUCGGGUGAUCAAGCACAUACAUUGAGUGGAAAUGGGGCAAUGCAAUUUGAUGCAGAAUAUGCAAGGUGGCUGGAGGAGCAGAAUCGGCAAAUUAAUGAGCUGAGAGCAGCUGUAAAUUCUCAUGCAAGUGACACUGAACUUCGCAUGAUUGUUGAUGGUAUAUUGGCACAUUAUGAUGAGAUUUUUAGGCUGAAAGGUGUUGCAGCUAAGGCUGAUGUUUUCCAUUUGUUGUCUGGUAUGUGGAAAACACCUGCUGAGAGGUGUUUUUUGUGGCUUGGUGGUUUUCGGUCAUCUGAAAUCCUCAAGCUUCUGGUAAGUCAAUUGGAACCUCUCACAGAGCAGCAGCUGAUGGGCAUUACCAAUUUGCAGCAAUCCUCCCAACAAGCAGAAGACGCAUUGUCUCAGGGCAUGGAUGCAUUGCAACAGUCCCUUGCAGAGACAUUGUCCACCGGAGCACCUGCCUCAUCUGGUUCAUCAGGGAAUGUGGCAAAUUACAUGGGUCAAAUGGCUAUGGCCAUGGGUAAGCUAGGGACACUUGAAGGCUUCAUUCGACAGGCUGACAAUCUUCGCCAGCAAACUCUACAACAAAUGCACCGGAUACUGACAACUCGCCAAUCAGCACGGGCACUCCUUGCUAUACAUGACUAUUUUUCACGACUGCGUGCUCUCAGUUCCCUCUGGCUGGCUCGCCCUAGAGACUGAUGGGCGUGGUAAAUAGUAUGUUAAAUUAAUUUUAUGGAUCCAUCACCAGCAAUACUUGGUCAUCGUAGGAUUUACUCUUGACAACGUUUCUUGUGUUGCAUUGUAGUCUUUGUAUCACUGGUGAUCUUAGCGCUUCACCGAGUCAUGUAGUCUAGAAACGAAAUUGACAAGUAUGCAUCUUGUCUACUAAUAAUAUUCACCAUUGUAAUUGUUGAAGGGCUUUGUUUUUUCAUACAAAUAUAGCUGGGCCAUAUGAUAUAUUUUAAGGAUUGUUUAGUUGCCAUAUUUUUCCCAUGGAUCUGAAUUCAUUCAAAAUUGUUAGCUUAUUCGUGUA